UGCUUCACUGUGAUUGGUGGAGUCUAUCUCAGCUGGAUGGUGUCCGUCAUAUGACUCAAAUCCGAUAAAAAGUGACUCUCAACUCCUCGCCUCAAUGGGAUGUUGCUGCAGUACUGAGCCAGAGACUCUUUCUCAGGAUGGUGAAGCCAAUGAGAGGACUCGUCUGCUAAAUGAUCCAGUGAGCAGCACCUACCAGGUCACUGCCAGCCCCAGUGACUAUGGAAACCACUAUUCAAGUUCAGCCACAAAAAAAUCUGAUGAACAGACAGCACUUAAUAGAAUUCUGCAGCAGACAGCCAGCAACAUUAUUGACGUGGGAGCACUGGAGUAUCACACCCUAGAGCAACAUGAGUACAUAGAGAGGGUGCGAACUUAUAACCAGCGCCUCAACACUGUACCACCACAAAAGAUUCCCAACAGAGCUCACCAUGAAGCCCAGUUGCUCUGUGAUGUUUCAGCUGCAGAAAGGAUCUUGUCUGCUCAACCAAUAUCAUUCGCAGAUUUCAAUUUGAUGAUGAGCUCAGCCCAGAAGGUGGUGGCAGCACUGUCACAUAUUAAAGUGGACCAUAAAGAAGAUUUAGUGGUUCCAUUUGGGAUCCCCUGACAGCCUUACUACCAGCCUUCCUAUGUAGAUCAUGUCACCUCUGCUGUCAUUCUUCUCCGAAGACUCUACUAUGUGUUUGCACCAGCAAAUUAAACGUCACCCCUUACUGUAUGCUUCACCUGGGCUGUGAGGAACCUUUGUGUUUAUAGCUUAUGUUUAUGUUGCUCUCAGGGUUUGAGAGGCACUACACCUUUUAAACUUACUUAGAUUUUUAUUUUUAUUCUGUAAGAAGACUAAUUGUAUACAAGGUAAAAGAAUUAUAAGGAAAGACAGCUACAGCUUUAGUUUUGGAUUAAGUAAAUGAUGCAAAAGAAACUUUCCUUAUACAGUAAUGUGCUAUUUUUAUUUCUAAAGUUACUCAUGAGGCAAAAAAAAAUGUUGUUGCAGGGUUUCAUUUUGUCAUUAACAAACAUAACUUCUUGAAUCCUUGAUGGAAUAUAUGCAUUCACUCCUUUCAAAAAUGAUGAAUAACUUUAGCAGAUUUCAGUGGCUGCAUAUGAGCAUUCAACUUGUGGCUACUAACAUAUAUUUCACUCCUCUGAGAGGGAAUGCAAAAAUUACAUAACCUGUAUUAACAUGUUACAACCACUUAAUGCCUUUAAUAGGUACAGUUUAAGAUGAAGUACCCAAGGCGAGAGAGGUGUACUGUAUGUUGUAACUAUUCAAGUUAAGCACAUGGUGUCAGUCCUAGGAUUUUGAGGCCAACUUGUAACUCUUCAGACUCGUAUUGUUCCAUGCCUAAGAUGUAAGUCUAAAUAUGCUUGCUUUUGAGUCUACACCUGAAUUUAAGCUGUGAUUGGUCUUACAGGUUAAUUAGAAGAUGCAAGCUACACUUUGUGACUGGUAAACGCAAGGACACAUCAUUGCCAGUGGCUUGUUAAAUGACAGUGUGUGGUUGGUAAGUGAGAUUCUUCCGGAGAAGUAUUGUUAACAAUCAGUAAGCUGAUAAUGUGUGUUUGGUAGGUCAUCAUAGUCCAUAAUACUGUACAUAUUGCUCAUGAUAGGGGGGAGAUGCUGUGUACUGCAGUAAGUAGGUCUGAAAGACCCCAGGAAUGUUACUAGGAAUCAGAGAUAACACUGACAUGCUGGAACAUAUAAUAAACUACAUUUCUCAUGCCAGUGUUAAGUUCUCCUCCCUUUUAACCCCCUUUGGUGAUCAUUGUACUGUACUGUUUUCCUCAAUAGGAAUUAGAUCUUCACUGAAAGCUUUAGAUGCUACCACUAGUAUCUGAUAUCUUUAUACAUGUAUACAGUACAGUAGAUAUAUAUUUUCUUAUUUCUAGGAUAAUACAGAUUCUUCCCUCACCACUACAACCAACAACUGACUCUGUUGUUGUAGAAUAUAUAUUGUUGAUUAUAACAGUUGUGAUGAUUGAGGGCUUUAUCAUUCAUCAUACUGGUGCAGCUCUCAGUUUAUAUAAUAAUCGUUGCAUCAUAAAUUUUCCAAGAGAACAUUAGACUUUAAUAUUUAAUAAGACUCGAACUGGAAACUGUUGAAGAAAGUUUAUUCAAGUUUUUAUGCACAAUGCGGUAUUGGUGGAGAGAACGGGGUAACAGUGAAACCUCCUAGUCCUGAUUAAAUGGAGUCCAGAUUGACUGAAAGUCUGGACUAUCCAAAAUUUAUUGAAAAAAAUGUAUUACACUUGUAAAUGAAGUAAAAUAAAUUUAAAACAUUCAGAAUAUUUAUUUGUAUUAACACCACAAUCGGCCAAUGGUAGCAACAAAAUUGGGAACACCAAAUAGUUUAGCAAGCUUUUGAGUGACAGACUGAAGUUCUACACAAUGAACAUCCAACAUCACUUGAACAAUGCUGUUGCUUAACAGCUUCUUCCUGUGAUGUAUCUUUCACUUGUUUGAAAGUCAAUCUUGUUGGUACAGGCACAGUACCUGUACUACCAACAUUGACAUCAAACUGUAAAGCAAAAUUCUUUUUGUCUUUGUUUUUACAUGACAUGAGGCAUUGGUUGUCAAGAUAUAGUGAAUUCCACUGCCCUUGUUCCAGCUGCACCGAUUUUUACUUUUCUAUUUUUAACUUUUCUUCAGCAGUUACUGUAUAGACAUGUCUUUCAUUUUUUUUCUCUCUUUGGACCCAUUUUAAAUGCUUUAGAGGGUACUAAAAGUUAGAAGAAAAAAGUUGAGCCACAUCUGUGUACCACUCCAAAGAUAAACAACCCAUACCAGGUGGGUUUCCCAGGCUAGACCUAUUCCAGAUUAACCCAAGUUCAGACCAGCGGGGUCCAGAUUAGUGAGGUUUCACUUACUUUAUAGUUGAUGUAACUAAAGUAAAAAGUCUUAUGAGCCUGUAAUUACAUCCCCAAAUGAGUUAAAAGAAUAUAAUGUUAUUAAAUCUACAGCAAGGUUUUACUAUUACCUGCCCUUUGUAUGAACCUGGUAACUCUUGAAUCAAUUGAGCAACUUUCUUGAAAUGACCAGAAUACUGGGGCGAAGUUUUGGAUAAGUUCAGUAAUAGAUAUAAUCCAAUUAUGUGACUGGUAGCAGAGCAGUUUGUACAAGAGCCUUUCAUUCUGCUGACCCAUGUUUGACCCUCAGCCCUGCUGGUUGGUUCCUGUAAGUGUCCCAGUCAGACUCGGGGUAAAAAUGUCAAUUAGACGUCCUUGUGUGUGAUGUGGGCUACUGUUAGCAGUUAUCAUGUACACUCUAGUAUGUUAAAUAACCAUCUACAUGCAGUAUAAAGAUUUAAAUUAAAAAAAAAUAUUAAGAUAUAGAAAUAUAUAUAAGCGAGGGUUUAAAGGUAAUCAGCGAUGAUCUGAAUAUUGUAAAAUUUUAUAUUUUGGUAAUGAAGAUAACUAUGGUAAUAAUCCUAAAAAACAUGAUGACUGGUUACAUUUUGCUGUGUGCUUUUAAUAUAAACUUCCUUGGUAUAAAACUGACUUAGAAAUAUCCAUGUAUAGGUAUCCCUUGCUUUAGGAAUGUUCGAGAUAAAAAAAUUUGCCCAGAGCUUUCGUUCCUCCAUUCCUCACCCCUUGUGUUCCCUGACUGCCUUCCCUUAAGGUAAUUUUUCUUGCCAUUCAGUUGAUUUGUUUGAAUACACAGUUGAGAGUGGUGCUGUGUUUAUUUUUAAGUGUUACACUCAGUAUUGCUGUGGGCAUUGUUGUCAAGUUAGAAGUGUCACUGUAGCUAUCCCCUAACUCUCUCCCUACCAGGCCGAGCUAUAAGCUAUGUUACAGUUAUUUUUCAACUUGUAAUUUCGGGUAGAUAAACUUAACUUUCUUUUCUUUUUUCUCUUUUUUUUUUUACUCAGUUACAUGUACACACAAUCCUUCAUACAUAAUGUGCAAAGAAGUAUAACAAAUAACUAUCAUAAGGUCAAAACAAAGGGAAUAAAAAAAAUUUUGUGUGUGAGAGUUAGCACACGGAGUGGGGAAGAGGAGUUGGGAGCCCCGUUGCUAAGGGUUGGCAGAGGCUGCAUUGCUAUGGCAAACUUUGAGACCACGCAGCCAGCAUCUUAUGCAAAUGCCGGUUGUGGUAAACUUUCAUUUAGCUUUUCCUUAAUGGUUUUCGCUGCAUAUUUUAAUCUAGUUUACAUCUGUUGUUUGAAGUUGCACAAUUGUUAUAUAGUGUACAGGUACACAUACAGUAUAUCGGUAACCUGUUACAAAUACAGUACAUAAGAAAUACUGAAGAGCUUUCUAAAUAAUGAUAAUUUCCUAUAUCCAGAUAUGGAAGCUUCAACCUGUACUGUAUCUUAUUUGUUUGUUUUUAUUAUGUUAGGUAGUAAAUUACAGUAGUUGUGUACUGUACUAUCUUUCUUAGGUAGGUUUUUGUUCAUGAACCAAUUUUAUGUAUUUAGGCUAUAAUAUUGGGGUUUUCUUGAACUAAACCUUAUUUUUCUCUUUUGUUCUGAUAUUCAUGAUACAAAAUUCACUUACCCUGGUAAUGAAUGUUUUGUUUUUUUCAGGAACCUAGCCCAUUCAUUAAGCAAGGGAUACCUGUACAAGUUACAGUACUGUAUUUAAUAUGUUACCGUUAGACACAGCUGUGGAUUGAGUUACAGUAGAUCCUGCCUAAUCUGCAGAUUUUCAUUCCAGUACAGGUAUAUAAAAAUUUUAAACCACUGACCUGCAGUACAGAAUGUGCCAACCCUUGCCUUUUUUUUAGUUUUAAAUUGUGAAAUAUAGAACAAAUUGACUCGACCAAAUGUAAAAUACAGUAGUUUAAAGUACAAUACAGUACUUUUUAUUGGUAAAUUAUAAUGUCAACAGACAGAGAGUUAUUUAAGUUUGCUGUAUAUUACUUGACUAAUACUUUUUCAUGGUGAACAAAGUGGAAAAGCUUUUCUACAAUCACCUAAAGUAAAACUUGUACAUACAUCAUUCUCACUAAUGAUUCUCAAACACAGUUAAUGUGAUCAUGUCUAUAACUUAUUUCACUAUACAGGACUCAGUUGGUAAAAUUAAUAUGAUGUGUAAAUAAUGAAAAAUGGCUCAUUGGUCACUCAUGUUAUUUCUUCUUUACUUAAUACCCAUUAUUUGAUGAAUAUAAGCAAUAAAACAUAAACAAUAAAGAAAGAUAAAUUGAUUUAUAUACAUAGAGAAAUUUUACACAAGGCACAGGAAUUAAGCAGCAUAGGACAGUGAGCAUUUUACCAGGAAGCUGUAAGGUCAGGCUUUUGUUGUUCCUGAUGGUUAACAUUACCUGUCUAACAAGGGCUCCUCAUCAUGAUAUACAGGGUUAACAUGUAACAGGAAAUACUGUCCAAAUAUUUGAGAUUCAAAAUAAAACUACCAUACAGUUGCAGGGCUUCACAAAACCCCUCACUGGCCCCGGACCCCGAAGACUACGACAUCCCCACAAUGACAGGCCACCUCAAAGCUGUUUGGUUAUACAAACACACUGGGUCACCCCACAAACAUUCAUACAUAGAAACAUGUGCCAGGUCACCCACAAAUAUUUAUACAGUACAUGCAAACACAUGCCAGGUCACCCCACAAACAUUCAUACAUAUGAACACAGACCAGGUCACCCCAUAAACAUUUAUGCAUACAAAUACUUGCCAGGUCACCCCACAAGUAUUUAUACAUAUAAACACACUCCAGGCCACCCAACAAACACAAUGACACUGCAAUCUACAAGCAUUGUUCAUACACACACACACUAAUCUACAAGUUCUGUUUACAUAUAUUACACACAUUGACUAAUCUACAAGUUUUCUUUGUACACAAUUACACACACACACUGUAAUCUACAAGUAUUGUUCAUACACACACUCCAGCCUACAAGUAUUGUUCAUACACACACUCACAGAACCGCCAGCAUAUGUAGUCAGCAAUAUUAUAGAUUCAUUUGUCACUCCACAACCACUUCAGUAUUCAUGGACAACACUAUAGUUGCUUCCAUUUUGGUCCACUUCAUGAAAUUUUUAACUUGAGGGAGAACAUUUUCAAUGGAUACAAAGGUUAUUUUACUCAUAAAAUUCUUGCCUUGGAUAUAUACCAAUCUUAAACAGAAGGAAAAAGUAGGUAAUGCAUUCUGAGUAGGAAGAAACAUUUUGGUGGCUACUGAAACUGUGUGUACUGUAUGACCAUUACUAAUUGGUGUCAAUAGGAAAUUAUCCUUGCUGAUUAUGUUGGGACUACCAGAUAUGUAAUGAUAUGGCUGAUAGAAAUUGUGAUGACAGCUGCUUCAAUUAUGUAAGUUUUCAUAUGUUUUUAUUGUGUGAAUAAUUUAAGUCAUUUUUGAGCCACACUUCUUGAGGGAGAAUCAUAUGUAUUGGUUGUCUGUAAAUGAGGCAUCACCUAAAGCAAGAGCGAAAGUACCAAUCUGGCAUUUUGUGGUAUCAACAAUUAAAAAUCAAGCGUAUGUGACCUUUGGCAUAAAAGGGGCGUAAAUGCUUUGCCUUGUGGAGAUGAGAAUUCUGCAGAUUGUAGUUACCUGGUACAUGGUUUCCAAAAAUCAUUGAACAUCAUUUUGAUGUCUGCCUCUCUGAUCUUCUCAAAACAUCGCCACUUGCAGGCACAAGAGGGCCCUACACAUGCAGCUGCGACAUGCUAUGGUGUAAGCUUUGUGUAAAUACGUAUACCAAUCGACAUAGAAUUGAAAAUAGAAAAUGGGAAAACCCUUAUCUCAAAUUCGCACAUUUGGCACUUUUGCCCGUUUUAGGCAACGCCUCAAAUCAUGGUUGCUGACAGAUCAUAUGGAUUUGUUUUAACUAAGUAAUGUUUGUAUUUCAUCACAUGAAUAAAAUGAUGCACUUGUUACAAGUACUGAAUGAGAAAUCUUAAGUAAUAUGAGAUUUGGGUGUGAUAUAAACUGUAUUUGAGGAGCUGACAAUUUUGCUUGCCAUCAAUAAGAGGAGCCAUUUCCUUUGAUAUGAAAUGAUAGUGAUCAUUCUCUUGAAAAUAGUUGACUUUUAUUUUUUUUCAAAUAGAACAUAUCUUAUUCUCACAUUACUGUAGUUACAAUACAGGGGUUUCUGUACUACUACUGAAACAAAAUUUUUUGGUAAACAACUUCUAUGUGUGAUUUCCUUUUUCUUCUUAUACUGUAAUUUAAUUUAAAGUCGUCCACCUCUUAAGAUGGCAGUGAAGGUGGUUUGUGAUAUUGAUAUUUAGAUUUUAAGAAAGCAUAAAUAUUGUAUGAUAUUAGCAUAAGUUUAUGCUUCUUCUGUAAUACAUGCAUGUUCUAAAGUAACUUGUAAUACAGUAAUAAAUAAAAUUGAUUUUUACUC